AUGAGCAACAACAACAACACCUUCACCUCAAGCAAUCUCUCCGUUGCUAAUAGCUCUACAAACAGCAUCGUCACGACACAAACUGAAUUCACUGAAAUUAAACGUAUCACUGAUCCGCAACAAAUCAAAGAACGUCGUGAAAAAGAAUUUAAUGAACAAGCUCGUCUCUUGAAAUUUGAACUUUCUCUUCAACUUCAACCUUUUUAUUUGAUUGGAAUGACCGAAUGUGUCAAACAAAUAUUUGCCGAGAAUCGAGAUGAUCGAAUCAUGUUAGGAGAUUAUCAUUUUGUGAAACCCAUUUCGAGAACAUUACAAUUUGGUUGUCAACAGAAAGUGAAAUUAUUUGUGAGAUUUGUGUCACCAAGUGAUGCCAAACAAAUGAUGAGUACUUCUUCAUCGAAUCUUCUCGAUUCAGCCACUCAAAGUUUCAGUUACAGUGUUUCCAAUCUAUUGCAACAGCAACAACAACAACCCUUUGAUUCCAAUCUUCUCGAAACUGAUACCCGUAUCGUAUGUGAAAGUGAUGAAUUUACCAUUGCUGACCUGUUAAUGAUGGUUCCAGAUAUCAAUCUCACAGCACAAGAAAUUAUGGACUAUCGAAUGCAUUCUCGAGUCAUUUCCUUUAACAAACUUUUAAAUCAUCACACCUUACAAAAAGAUUCACAACUUCCAAAAGUGAUUUGUCAAUUGAUCACACCACCUCCACGUGAUCAUAUUGUAGAAAGAGAAACCACUGAAACUGGUCAUAUUAUUAUUAAGGAUAUUUCACAAUAUGGUGAAGUAGAAUCCAAGAGAUUUUCAAUUACUUUGAAAUUACAAAUUAGAGAUUGUCCAGCAAUGGAUCGAUUCUCAAGUUCUUCAUCCAAUCCUUAUUUCAUUGUGUACAAGGAUGGUGUGAAAUUUAAACAACGUCUCUAUACGAGUGAAGUGAAAAAGAAGACUCUCAAUAGUACCUAUCGAGUAUUUUCAUUUGAUAUUAGAGAUGGAAAAAUUGAAUUUAGAAUUAUUAAUCCAGACACUCCUAAUGCUUUCCGUGGUACCAUGCAUGUUUUGAAAUACGAAGAACGUAUUUGGAUGCUCGAAGAUGUGACUCAAAAAUUCAAAUCUAAAAAGACGGGUCACAUCAAAAGUGUCACUUGUCGUUUCUAUAAGAAUGAUUUCUCUAUUAUGAAUUAUUUGGGAUGGUAUGAAUUGAGAUUAUGUUUUGGAAUUGAUUUCACAUCUUCAAAUGGUGUUCAACCCAACAUUAAUAAGCGUUCUCUUCACUAUAUUGGUUCAAGCGCAGAGAGAAAACAAGCACUUCCAUUGAAUCCUUAUGAAGUAACCAUGGUUGGUAUCAUGCGUGCAAUUUAUCAAUAUGGUUAUCAACGUGAAAUGAAAAUGUAUGGAUUUGGAGCUUUAAAUCCAAAUGUUGUCUUUGAAAUGCAAGAAAAGAAACGUGUGGCUCGUGAGAGUGGUAUUAAGGAUGAAAAGACAAUGCUUCACACUUAUCGUAGAACGGUCAAGAAGGUCAUGUUUGGUCUCGAUAACAAUUUCACCAAAAUUAUUGCUGAAGUUGCAGCAUUUGCUGAACGCUUGAAUCACUACUUUGCUUGUGUGAUCAUUACCGAUGGAGAUGAAAAGAUUAAUACUGAAUUGACACUCCAAUUGUUGAAGCAAUCACAAUUUUGUGGAGUUUCAUUUAUUUUUGUUGGAGUGGGCAAUAAGUCUCUCUUUAAAAAUUUGAUGUCAUUCCAAACAAGUUGUAGAAAUGUUUCCUUUGUGAAAUUCAACGAGAAUAUGGAAUUGAAUGCAUUGCAUGCCUUGAGAGAAGUUCCUCAACAUAUGAGAGAAUAUUUGGCACAAAGAAAGGUUGUGCCAGAAGAGUAUUAA